AUGCCAGCACAAACCAUCUCUCCAAACAACACUCACUCUACCCGCGGUCGCAAACGGGCUCGAGAAGGUUCAGAAGAUACUAUCGAAAGCGAGGAAUUAGAGUGGGAAUGGAUUUACAGCACCGAUCAGUCAGAACACGGCGAAGAUGAAGGCGAUCGCAAGAGGAGAAAAGUCGCAACCGGUUCCAAGAUUAUCGGGGCUCGCUAUGGCGACUUUGAAUGCCAUGUUGGGGACACGGUGAUGCUCAAAGCCGAUGGAUCUAAUGGAACAUGGGUGGCCAUCAUCUGCGAAUUCCGGGAAGAUGUUGACAAUGAAGGGAUGGCUGCCAAUUUUAUGUGGUUUUUGACGGAGAAGGAGGUUCCUAACAAGGAGAGAAAGCGAAAGGACUUUUACUGGAAUGAGCUGUACAUAUCGCCAUCUUGGGAUGUGAAUCCCCUGGCCUCGAUCGACGGAAAGGCCAACAUCAUGUCGCUAGAUGCCUUCCUCAGCUCGUAUCCAUCUGGAAAGAUCCCACGGAACUCCCCCGACUUUGGAAAGACCUUUGUCUGCCGGCGCGGCUGUAAUACCCGAUCAACAACCUACACGGAUGAAUUUGUAUGGGAGGAGGUGUAUCAGAACGGAGAAGAUGUGCCGGCACUGAUUGAAAUGGUGGAGAAAGGCACCAAGCCAACUCGUCGUAAAGCUCGAGCACAGUCACCACCAGAUGGCGACACAUAUCUGCCGCCUCAAACGCCAACCAAAACGGGGAGAAACUCGGCAACAACCCCCAAAUCGAAGCGAGGACCAAGGAGUGCUUCAAAGAAACUCGAAUUCACACCAUUGGCCACACGGAAGCUGUCGCCGAGCCAAGUUCAAGCCUCUCCGUUCCAGAUCGCACGUUCACGCCUCCACGUUGCAGCAGUUCCCUCCAGUCUGCCUUGCCGUGAAGGAGAGUUCUCUCUCGUAUACUCACAUCUGGAAGCCGCCAUUACGGAGGGUACUGGUAACUGUAUCUACAUAUCGGGAACGCCAGGCACUGGAAAGACUGCCACUGUGCGAGAGGUCAUCUCUCGCCUCGAGGAAGCCGUCGGAUCAGACGAGCUGGACGACUUUAUAUUCGUCGAGAUCAACGGCAUGAAGAUUACGGAUCCUCACCAAGCGUACUCGCUGCUCUGGGAGGCUCUCAAGGGUGAUCGUGCUAGUCCAGCCCAAGCCCUCGAUCUUUUAGAGCGCGAGUUCAACAAUCCUAGUCCCAGACGCAUUCCAUGUGUGGUGCUGAUGGAUGAACUUGACCAGCUGGUCACAAAGAACCAGGCAGUCAUGUAUAACUUUUUUAAUUGGCCAACUCUCCGACACAGCCGUCUUAUCGUACUCGCCGUAGCCAACACUAUGGACCUCCCAGAGAGAACGUUGAGUAACAAGAUCAGCAGUCGACUUGGUCUUACUCGAAUCACAUUUCCAGGUUACAAUCACGAACAGCUUAUGAAGAUUAUCCAGUCUCGUCUCGAAGGCGUACCAGGGAAUAUCGUCGAUGCAGACGCCGUCCAGUUUGCCAGUCGCAAAGUAGCUGCCGUCAGUGGAGAUGCCAGACGAGCUCUGGAUAUUUGCCGUCGAGCGGUCGAGCUCGCUGAGGGCGAUGCCCCGGGAGACCCAAUGACACCAAGCAAGAGAGCUCAGGAUAAUGGGGUUCCAGACCAGUCUCGGCGCGGAAGAGUCACAAUUUCCACCAUAAAGAGAGCCAUCAACGAGGCCACGACGAACCCUAUCCAGCAGCAUCUGCGCGGCCUGCCCCUGACAUCCAAGAUGCUCAUGGCAGCACUGAUUUUGAGAAUUCGGCGGUCCGGCUUGGCCGAGACGACGCUUGGCGAGACUCUAGAUGAGCUCCAGCGAGCUGCGACUUUUUCGGCCAGACCUCCCCCCGGCAUGGCCCAGAUUCUUCCUGGUCUUGCCAAGGGGACGCAAGUCGUGGGCAGACGCUCGGUUGGACGGCCAAUGUACAUUCACACAGCCGCCUUGGAGCUCGUGGCGGCUGGCUUGGUCAAUCUGGAGGCUCAUCGUGCGGAUCGAUCGAGUAGGCUGCGGUUAGCCAUCGCGGAUGAUGAAGUGAAGAUGGCGCUGCGUGAUGACGCCGAUCUCAAGGCCAUGGGUCUGACUAUUUGA